AUGAGUUUGGAAGACCCAGGGCUUCAGAACCCGGUCUCUGUGGGCUACUAUGAUCCUUUUGGCCUAUAUCCUGCGGUGAAAGAAGACUUUGAGUCAAAAUUCCCUUUGACGAACCUCCAUUGGAAGUACCACCCACUUAAACCAGUUAAGCUGAUUCCACUGCUUCCCAUUCAAUUGGUCGAGGAAGUCCCUCAUAGCUCAAGGAAGACGAAGCAGCCGACCGUGUAUGACAAUGUAUACUUGCGUUUGGUGUUUGUCAAGGCUGAUAACCUCGAAACCUAUAGAUCCCAGGUAAGGCCUUUGAUCCAAGCAUGGCUUGGCGAUUUGGUCGCUGGAAGAGAAGUCAGCUGGGCAAUUGUCCUUAUAAGCUCUGGAAUCUACAAGGAGAAGUCACUGACAUUGAUGAAAAAGUCGGUGUAUGAAAAACUAUUAGCGGAUUUCUCCAAAAAUGGAAAACACCAGGUCCUUCACCCUCUGGAUGACCUAGACGAAGUCCUGGAGGAAGAGGAGUUUGUUUUCAGGAUUGGUGAUAAGUACAAUAGUGAUAUCGAAAAGUUGGAGACCUUCAACCACAUAACCACGGAAUUCAAGGGUCUAAUUUUGAGAACCUUUGAUAGACGCUAUAAUGCCUACAAUGAAGAGCUCGACAAAAUGAAAGAGUCCAACGGAAACGAUCCUGAAUUAUUGAUCCGCGAGCUUUUUUAUAAACUCAAGCUUGUUGAUAUCGUUGGAGAUAUGCGUUUUCUCGAUGAAUCCUUGGACUUGUACGAAGAUAUUAGUGAGGCAUUGAAGGAACUGUCUCAAUCGGUGAGCCAUGCAUUCGAACGGACUACCUCGAACUUUUUUGAGUCCGUGGAAAGUCAAAAUUUUAAUCCCGAGAAGACUGUCUUGUCCCGAGAAUUGUUGGGCCAGUUUAAUAAGUAUUUGACCGAAGGCAAAUCCAUCAAUCUUCUCCAAACAAACUUCAGCAUAUUCCUUGGUGCUUCUAUAUUGCUACAAUCCCUAGCGAAUUCUGCACCCACAUUGUCAUUAUCAUCUAUUUACAUUCUGCAUUUAUUUCAAAAGGUCAUAAACUUUAUCAACGAGGUUUCGGGGAGCAGGAGCAAUGACGCACAAAUCCUUGAGUGGUCUUGCUCACUUAUAGACUUCUACUUGGAUUUACCCGUCACCCAUAAGCUUGUUCAGCUCAGCUCUAACAAUGAAGAUAAUGGUGUCACAUCGUCCGCUGGGAUCUUUGAAUAUAUGGGUGAGCUUAGGCUUCUAAAGAGAGGUCUAGCUGGACAUUUGGCUAGUUUGAAGGGCUUUGAGCCACCUGAAAUUGGAUUUUUGCUUGAGGAGAUUAGCCUUGACGACAGCAACGGGUCGACUCAACCCAAAAAGGAGGAACAUGUGUUCAAGGAUAAAGCUCUUGAGCAGAUCCUUCAGUCCCAAGAGAGCUAUGAUACGUUCUACGAGGGCUUGACUUUGGCUGCCAUUCAAGAUUUCGCCAAAUGCGAGAGAAAGAAAACCAUAGAUCUUCUUAGUGUUGACUUGGCUGUCUUGCAUUACAGAAAGGGAAACUUCCAACAGGCUUACGAAGUCUUAUUGACCUCGUACGAGUACUUCAUAGAAAAUGGUUGGAACUUCAUGGGUGGAAUGCUUCUUGAGAUCUAUAUCAACUGCUUGGAAAAGCUUGAUACGAAGGACAACAUGCAUGUUCUUGAUACAAAUAUCAAGCUCCUCUCGACUCUUAAGCAUGAAAACUCAAGAAUCGGCGGUAUUAAUAAGUACGAUAUCGUCAAGACAGCCAAACAGAGGAAGCAGUUACUUGAACAUAUCUAUGAUAUCGCACUGCAAGUUAGUGAUAUCGUUUCGAUUCCUUUGGAAAUCUUAUUUGGAAGUACGGUCGAUCCUUACAUCGAAACAUCAAAAGAAAAGCCUGGUGCCUAUGUUUUGGAGCUCGAUAUAAAGAACCAUCUUGGUAUCGAAUUGGAUCUCAAUGCGCUCACUUUGGAGAUGGAAGAGUUGUCAUCGUCAAGUCCAAAAACCAUUGUGUUUUCAGCUGAGAACAUAAAGCUUACACCAGGUCCACGCCAGAAAGUUUGUCUUUCAACGAACGACUUCAAGAAUGCCUUCUUCAAGCCAACGAGGCUCACUUACAAGCCAUGUGAGAACCUCAUAUUCGAUCAAAGCUUUCUGGAAAGUGACACGACAGAACUGGUUCUCGCAAAUGAGACUGUCGUACACACAAAAAGCAACAACGAGAUUCUCCAACAAGGUUCUGAUCCUGUGAAUUCUUUGGGCAUUUCUGUGCCGGUACCGGAACCCGUUGAUUCCCUGGAGGGUGCUUUGUACAUGUAUGGUGAUCCAUCCAGCUUGAGCGCUAAAUUCAGAGUGCCCGCAAAGAUCGAGCUUAAUGCUUCGGAGAUCGAAUUUGUGAUCAACCCCGGCAAGGAGGCCGUCAAAAAUGUCAAGGUUGACAUAACUCCCGUUGACAUUGGUGUCGAACUCAUUGGCAGCCUUGAUCAUUUUGAGGAAGAGUCUCUUGAUGCUGGUCAAGCUUUGACUAAAAAGAUUCCGUACAAAUAUUUUGGUGAUAGAAAGGUUCUUCAGUUUGCUGCAGUUGUUACCUAUAGUAUUGGCGAAGAGGAGCACACAUACUCCUUACAGGAUGAUGUGGAUAAUAACCUAAAGAUUCUGAUCUCUGUUCAGGAUAUUUUCCGGGAGAAGUCCAUCUACUCAAAGUUCCAGAUCGGCUGUGCACAGUCAAGGACUCCAAUACGUAUUGUUGAUUCAGACUUUCAAUGCAACAACGAAAAGUAUGCUGUUGCUAGUCUGACUUGUGACAUCAAUGAGAGUAAUACGCAACUUGCGUUUGGAGAACAACCGGCCUUUAUGUUCUACCGAAUCACGCCCAAACAAGGAAAGGUGUCUUCUUCAGAUACUUUAGACUUGACUAUCACUUUCUCAAACCUACAAAGUGAAUGUGAAGCUGUUAUCAUCAAUUUACAAAAUGAGUUCUUCGACAGCUUUGAGCUACAGCGCUAUUCCACACUUUUCACUGAACUAGUGGGACGCCUCCAGUUUGACCUCAACAGUUACGCCAUCAACAAUGAGAUCCAUAUUAAGAACGCUGAAGAUGUCAGAAGCUUGUUCUGGGAAUCGAUUAAUCGUCACAUCAGAUCAGAGAAGGAUAUAGCAGAGCUCGUAUGUUGCAUUGAUGGAAUCCUCAAGAAAGUUAUUCCUGUCGAGAACGUCAACUACGUCAGGCAACAGCUUUAUAUCCCUGUGGCUGUGCCAAUCUUGGAUAUUCUCCACAAUGUCGAAUUUAACUACGGAAAGAAGGUGCAGCACCUUGUCGGAGAGCCGAUUGAAAUGAAGCUCCAAAUUACGUCAUCCAUGAAGUGGAGCGAAGAAGAAGAUGCCCCUCAAGAAGUGCUUGCGUCAUCGUCGCCAGCAGGUAAAGCUACACAGAAGCAACAAAUGUUCCAGUUUAUUGUUCACCAUGAAGACAAUUGGCUUCUUUCUGGGUUAAAGAAGCACGCAUUCUCGGUUCUGGGCGCAAACAGCAGGGCCGAGUUUGACUUGACGCUUAUUCCCCUUAACGUUGGUAAACUUCCGCUUCCGAGGGUCACAAUUAAGCCAGUCGACCAAAAUGGGUCACUCAAUAGGACCUCCACCGAUACGGUGCAUGAAAAUGGAUUGGAGACAGUCUUGGUUGUGCCCGAGUUACAAAGCAUUACAUUUUCUUUUUAG